AUGGCCCUUCUGGAACAGGUCCUCACCGGUUCUGCACCAGCCCACCUCGUGGUGGUGCGGCAUGCGCUAGCUUCUCGUCCUUGGCCGCUCCUCCGCGUAAUGCUUUCCAGCGGCCCCGUCCUCGCAAUCACGCUCCUUCCUUCCCCCGAAAUACCAGGGAAGGUGCUCGACCUGAGCGCCGUCGUGCCGGGAUACAGCGAGGGCGACGUUGAGGCCGAGAUCAUGCAGGCCAUCGCGGACCUUGCUCCUGGUACGCAGGUUCUUCUCGACGCGGCCGACGUGCUGGUAGAGGACCACCCGCGCGCAUGGCGUAUCCUGCGUGCUCUUGUUGCCGCUACACUCCGCCCAGGCUCGCGGCUCAUCCUCCCCGUCCCCUCUUCCUCUCCUCUAACUGAGGACCUCAUCUCAGCCUCCUUCUCGCCUUCCCUGGCUCUCCUAACACCCCUCCCAUCCCGCCUCGUCCAGUCCACCAUCGACGCUUACCUCCUAACCGAUCCCGACCGCCUCCCGUCUCUCCUCGAGUCUGCGGCCGAUCGCGGGGCAGCCGACCUCCCUGUACUGCGGGACAUGGAGGCGCCCUCCCCUGAUGCCGUGGUGCUCGUGCUCCUCCGCAAAGCCGCGGGCGGCGCGAAGGGCAUCCAGCGCUCGGUCGAGGGAUUCCGGGGCCGUCCAAUUCCCGCUCAAGAGAUGGUUGAUUUCAGGCCGGUGACAGUCACCAAGGUCACGACUCACGCGGACCUGAAUUUGCCGUUCAACCUCAGCCUGACGGAUCAGCAGCGAGAGGCGCGCGGGGCCGUACCGCUGCCGUAUGCGCAUGAGGGAGAGGGCGCAGAUUUGGGGAUGGGAAUGGACUGGUCGGACGAUGAAGAGGACGAGGAGAUCUAG